UUUUCUGUUUUUCCAUUUUUGUCAUUUUGUUGUUCUUCACCAUCAUCAUCCUAACCCAAAAUUCAUAAAAAAAAAUAUAUAAAUUCUUGAUAUGAUAUUGUAGAAAGAGAUCAAAAUCAAACAAAAAAAAUGGUGAAUGCAAUAAAAUUAGCCAUUGGUGAUGCAGUAUUAACCUUCAUAUGGAUUUUCAUUUCUUCAACCCUAGGGUUAAUCACCUCAGAAAUUCUGAAAGCUUUUGAUCUUGAAUUUGUGAAUUAUAAUGGUGUCAAUUACCCUUUUAUUAUAAUCACUACUUUGUUGAUUUUUGUUAUUAUAUUCACUUUCACUGCUAUUGGUAAUGCUAUGGGUGGUGCCAGUUUCAAUCCUACAGGGAAUGCUUCUUUCUAUGCUGCUGGCCUUGGUUCUGAUACCCUUUUCUCUAUGGCUCUUCGUUUCCCUGCUCAGGCAUUAGGUGCAGUGGGUGGUGCUAUGGCAAUUAUGGAAGUAAUGCCGCCAAAAUACAGACACAUGAUUGGAGGACCUGCUUUGAAGGUUGAUUUGCAUACAGGAGCUAUUGCAGAAGGAGUGUUGACAUUUCUAAUCACUUUUGUCGUUCUCUUCAUCAUAAUCAAAGGUCCUCGUAGUGAGUUCCUCAAGACUUUGGUGAUGUCCAUUUCAACCGUGGCUGUGAUCGUCGCCGGUUCUGCUUACACCGGACCCUCCAUGAAUCCUAUCCUCGCAUAUGGUUGGGCAUAUUUAGACAACUGGCACCACACAUGGGAUCAAUUCUAUGUAUAUUGGAUUUGUCCAUUCAUUGGAGCAAUACUUGCUGCUUGGUUGUUUCGUGCUGUCUUCCCUCCACCACAAAAAGUGGUAAAACACAAGAAAGCUUGAAGAAUGUGUAUAACAUAACAUAAUCAUACUUGCAUAUGCAAGUGCAUUAAUAAACUUUUUCUGUUUCUGUUU